AUGCGGCAACUCACGUAUUUUGAAGCUCACGUACAUGGCAUAAAGGACUUGGCAGUUCAUCCAACCGAGUCAUAUGUCCUGUCAGCUUCCGAGGGAAAUGUUAAGUUGUGGGACUGGGAAAAGGGCUGGGAAUGCACUCGAAUAUUUAAGUUUGUUGACUUUCGCUAUGUCUAUGGAGUCACCUUGUUAAACAUAAAGGAAACAGAUACUUUUGCAGUUCGUGGCGAUGGCGGAAUAAUAAAGAUUUGCAGUCUUCGUUCUUCUGAAUUCAUAUUGUCAGAAUAUAAAGAUCCAGGUUUUAUAACUUGCUUCGAUCACUUUGCUAAUGGUGACCAGCAGUAUUUGAUUACUGGUGACUCUGCUGGGACUGUCAAGAUUUGGAGCAUGCACACACAGAAUCUUGUUGAAACAGUCAAAGACGCACAUUUUAGGUCAGUGGACGCAAUCUGUUCCGAUCCCGAGCAUGCAGUACUAGUUACUGGUUCAUUUGAUGGAACUGUUUGUCUAUGGAACCCAAAUACCCUCAGGCCUGAGAGGACGUUUAACUUUGGCCUAGGAGAUGUUACAGAUGUAAAAGUAUGUACGGAUAGCUCAAGAAGGGUAGUAAUUGCACACGAGAACGGAUUGGCAAUGAUAGAAAUGGACGGAAAUGAUCCAGUUGUUGCUAACACUGGAAGCAGCAGUAAAGUAGAAAAUGAUUUGGUCGGCUCAAGAAAAAGAAAACGACCAGAGCAUGACCGGGCGGAGAUCAAAAAUGAAGAAAACGAUUUUGUUGUCAGUGUCAUGGACACUGGUAAUGGGGCGAAGCAGACACAGGGCAUCGGGCUAAGGGAUGAAGAGAUACAUUCUGUCACGGAUACUGGUAAUGUGGCAGAGCAGAUGCAGGGCAACGGACAGACGGAUGAAGAGAUGAACUCUGUCUCCAGUAAGCUGCUCGGCGUUUACCCCGGGAAGCUUCAGCUACCAUUUAAGGCCAAUCAGCUGACCUCCUGUUCACUAAAGCUGACUAACACGACAGAUGACCACGUUGCUGUUAGGCUUCUGACAAAGUGCCCCAAGAGGUACAUAGCAAAGAUGCCACUCUGUUGCAUCGUGCCGCCAAAGUGCAUCUACACACUCAUAGUGACAGUUAGCGAUCAGAAGAAGAGAUCCCAGCUGAGCAGUGACGAGUUUCUCACCCUAGAGAGCACCAUUUGCUUGGAACAAGAUAUUGUUGGGCUGCAGAAUGCUAAUCUAAACUCAGAAGCCAUCGAGUUUAGCAAAUUUUUUAAACAAGCGAAAGACAUGGCAGCUGAUAAGGUGUAUGAGCUAAAGUUAAGUGUUGUUUCUAACCCACUAAAAGAGACAACCUCUGUUAAGCAACAGCCAGAGGUCGAGGUUGUAUCCAAUAGGAAGUUUUCACAUGUGCUGUCUCUAGACGCACAUCCGACGGAACCAUGGAUUCUGACGACCAAUCAAGCAGGAGAGGUUGCUAUUUGGGACUACCAAGUGCAGGCCAUAGCUAAAUCCUUUGACUUCACACGGAGACCAGUUUACUCUGCUAAAUUCAUUGCGCGAGAGGAAUGGAUUGUCGCUGGCGAUGGCUAUGGGAUGAUCUAUGUAUACAAUUACCAUACAAAGAAAAAAGUUACAAGCAUCGAAGCUCAUGAUAGUGAUAUCACGUCUUUGGAUGUGCAUCCCACUGAUCCUCUUGUGCUCUCUUCUUCCGAGGAUCACCUGAUAAAGCUCUGGAACUGGCGGAAGAAGAACUGGAAGUGUAUUCGAACGUUUGAGGGACACUCCAACAGAGUAAAACACGUAAAUUUUAACCCAAUGGACACCAACAGUUUUGCAACUGCAUCUUUGGAUCACACAAUCAAGAUCUGGAACAUUUCUUCUCCUGAGAGCAAAAUUACAAUGUCUGAUCACCCGGACGGCCUGCUUUGUGUUCACAGUUACACAAUUGAUAUGAGGCAAUAUUUGAUCGCCGGAUCAUGGGAUGGGACUGCACAAAUAUGGGACAUGGAGACGGGAAGACUUGUUCAAACGCUCAAAGGGCAUGUACGUCAUAUUAGUUGUGUCUACCAUCACCCAGAACUUCCUGUAGUAAUCACAGGUUCACAUGAUGGGACUGUUCGUUUAUGGAACUCCACUACCUACAGGCUCGAAAGUAUAGUUGGUAUUAACCUUGGUGUAGUUCAUGCUCUUGGAUAUAUCAAAGACUUAAGAAGGAUUGUGGUUGGUUGUGACCAAGGAAUAGCCAUUAUGGGAUUGAACUACAGUUAA